GUGCGCACCGGAAGCGGUCCUGAGAGAUGAACAUGGCGGCCGCCUGGGGCCUGCGCUGGGGCCUGCACCGAGCCGGAACCUUGUUGCUCCCGCCGCCCGCGCGCUGUGCUCGGCACGCUCUGCACAGACAGGUAGAGGGCACCGAAUUCCAGAGCAUCUACAGCCUGGACAAGCUCUACCCCGAGUCCAAGGGCGUGGAUACGGCCUGGAAGGUCCCGGAGCAUGCGAAACAAGCCAGCAGUGACAUCCCUCUAGAUCGAUUGAGCAUAUCUUACUGCCGGAGUAGCGGUCCUGGGGGGCAGAAUGUUAACAAAGUGAAUUCCAAGGCUGAAGUCAGGUUUCACUUGGCCAGUGCAGACUGGAUUGCUGAGCCCGUGCGCCAGAAAAUUGCUCUCAAGCAUAAAAACAAGAUCAACAAGGCAGGAGAGCUGGUUCUUACCUCCGAGAGCAGUCGCUAUCAGUUCCGGAAUCUGGCAGAAUGCCUACAGAAAAUUCGAGACAUGAUUGCUGAGGCCAGCCAGUUGCCCAAGGAGCCAUCCAAAGAGGACGCUCAGCUCCAGAGACUCAGGAUAGAAAACAUGAAUCGGGAAAGACUGCGGCAGAAAAGAAUAAACUCUUCCAUAAAGACGAGCAGGAGGGUGACUGUGGACUGAAGUCACCGCACUGCCAGCAGAGCCUGGGGUGUCAUGCCGUCUGCAGAGAGCCGCCAUACCCGGGGAGCCUUGCCAGAACGUUCCUCAGGAGGGGAGGCUACAGGUCAUCCAGGGCAGCCCCUCAGCUGUCCACUUCAUUUAUUACUGGCUGCAAUAAACUUGUAAGCACA